AUGGAAGCCCCCCUAUCAAGCAAGAAAGAAGCGGCUCUUCCCACGGCGGAGUCCGCAUUGACUCUAUUUAUUAUUAUGGUAAAUCAGUGUAUCAAGAUGUCAAUCUUAGAUCUUAUUUCGGUUCGAUACGUCCACCUACUAGACUCACCUUUGGCUUUCGUCUCGAAACGACGCGAAAAAUCCAGACCCGGAAAGGGGAAGGGCCAGUGGUGGGCAUUUGGGAAAGUCGGGCCGAUCGGGUGUCUUCAUUCAAGCGACGGUACAGAAGAAGAACGAAACGAAGUGAGAGGCCGGGGGGCAGGGAAAAGAGUCGAGUCGAUCAGGCUCGACGACCGGGAGAAGCAAAACGAAAUCCGGAUUUGGCCGAAAAAGAAGCAACGCUAUGGAUACCAUGACCGAUCACCAUCGAUAAAGAAGAAUCUUUCUAAAUCACUUCGGGUCAGCGGGGCCUUCAAGCAUCCGAAAUACGCCGGGCUUGUAAAUGACAUAGCCCUCCUAAAUGACGACUCCUUCAGAAAAACGAAGUUAUUCAAGUUCUUUUUCUCAAAGAAGUCCCCCUCCGACAGCCCGACGAGUCAUCCACUUAAAAGGACCCUCCCUGCGGUGCGCCCUUCCUUGAAUUAUUCGGUCAUGCAAUACUUAUUGAAGACAAAGAACCAAAUGCAUUUCGACCCCGUCGUAGUUCUCAAUCAUUUCGUGGAACCGGGCGUGGUUGAACCAUCUACCAUGGGGGGAGCUAAUGCACAGGGAAGAAGCUUAGAUAAGAGAAUACGUUUCGCUUUUUUUGUCGAAAGCUCGACCAGCGAGAAAAAGUUUUUGGCCGAAGACAAAAAGUUGACCCACUUCAUUCGCUGGUCGGAUCAUCCUCGCUUCGCGGGAACAACAAAAACCACCAUCUCGCUCUUUCCUUUCUUCGGUGCUACCUUUUUCUUUCCAAGGGACGGGGUUGGGGUGUAUAAGAACCUUUUUUUUGAGUAUGCCCGGGAACAACUCCUACGAAAAUUCAGGAAAAAAUGUUGGAACCUCACGGCUAAGGAUAAGGUAAUGGAAUUGAUAGAGAAAUUCAUAGACCUAGGUGGGAUAGGAGAAUUGAUAAAGGGAAUAGAGAUGAUGAUAGAGAUCAUACUGAGAAACAGAAGAAUUCCGUACGGGUACAACUUUUAUUUGAACGAAGUGAAAAAAAUGCGAUCUUUGUUGUCUAAUAGAACAAAGACUAAUACCUUAAUUGAGUCGGUCAAGAUCAAAUCUGUUUAUCAAAGUGCUUCUCCGAUUGCUCAAGAUAUCUCUUUUCAACCGAGGAACAAAACAAGAUCAUUUCGCUCCAUUUUUAGUCAAAUAGUGAAGGAUAUUCGAUUAGUAAUGAAAAAAGGGGUGGAGGGGAUCCGUAUAUGUUGUUCAGGUCGAUCAGAAGGUGCAGAAAUAGCUAGAACUGAAUGCGGAAAGUAUGGAAAAACAUCUAGUAAUGUAUUUAACCAGAAAAUAGAUUAUGCUCCUGCGGAAGUAUCUACUCGUUACGGAAUCUCAGGCAGAUGUAGUAGGGGUUGCAAACCGGACGGUACACGACUUGGUUUUGGAAGAUAUGGCACUAAAAGUUUGAGAGCUGGUCGUCUUUCAUAUCGAGCCAUUGAAGCAGCGCGUCGAGCUAUAAUUGGGCAAUUCCAUCGUACUAUGAGCGGACAAUUCCGAAGAAAUGGUAAGAUAUGGGUAAGAGUUCUCGCAGAUCUCCCUAUUACCGGGGAACCUACAGAAGUCAGAAUGGGAAGAGGAAAAGGAAAUCCUACGGGUUGGAUUGCUCGUGUGUCCACAGGACAAAUCCCAUUUGAAAUGGAUGGUGUGAGUUUGUCAAAUGCUCGACAAGCCGCUACAUUAGCGGCGCAUAAACUAUGUUCGUCAACCAAGUUUGUUCAGUGGUCGUAA